AACCAAAAUUAGUAACUGUUGUUUUCGUUACUUUAUAUCAUUUAUUUAGAUUAGGUCGUGUGUUUAAUGUAAUGCAAUUAUGGAUAAACCACUCAACCUUUCUGAGUACAGUAACUGGCUUCAGAUGAUCUGUGUGGAAAAUGUCUCCGUCGAUCGUUAUGCACUGAAACUUACCGAGAGGGUGGAAAAAAUCGUUUCCGUUAGAGAAACUCUAUCACAUCGAGUGAACGAAAAACAACAAAAAGUAAAACGAUUAGACGAAGAAAUAGCCCAGUUAUCACGAGACACUCAGUCUGUGCAGGAUUGCUUGAAAGAUGCGGAAAGCAAAUAUGUCAAACUUUUAGAAGAGAAUCAAUCUCUUAAAAAAGAACUGAUCACGCAGGAGACUAAUUUGCUUCAGUUUUCCAAGAAAUUUCCUGACCUAGACGAAAAACGCAAGCUGUUGGAGUCCGAAAGAUCGAACAUUGCCAAGAUCAAAGGUUCCGUAGCUGAAUCUUUGGAUCGCAAUAACGUGUGGGAUGUUCUACCGAUUCUACUGGCUGAUCAUGACAACCUAUGUAAGCUGACGAGUACUAAAUGGGAUCAACUAAUGCAAAACUGAACGAAUGGUUAUAUCCAUAAAUGUUAUUUGAUAUAUACUGUAUAAAAAAGUUUUUAUCCACACUUUCCUUAACCAUUUCUAUUUCACAUGAGUUGCAUUAGCUUCAUUUUUUUGUAAUUCGACCUUCGUCGUGCCAUCAAUCAACUUUUCCUCUCCUUUGAUGGGCAUUCGAUUUUCUAUUUAUUCCGCGUUAUUUUCGAUGCUAAAUUUUCUUAUAGAUGGCAAAUAUGUAAAAAUAGCUGAGUAGGUUAUAAAAUUAAAAAAAAGCGUAUGAUAUCUUUAAGUCCAAUAUUUAGAAUAUGGUUAUCAGUUCAAGGAGAAAUAUAUUUAUCAGAUAAACAAAAUUUUAU